UCGGCGGUGCUAGCGGCGGAAGUCGGCGGCCUGCGCGGCGCGCCGGCCUGGGGACGCCGGACCGGGAGGCCGGGCGGCGGGGCCGGCGGCGGGAGCCGGGCCCGGGGCGCCGCAUGAGCCGGUGUAAGCGGAAGCGUCUGACAGCUGUCGACUGCCAGCUCUUGGCCCCGAGUCACCUGGCUGUGUCUCAGCCCUUCAGUCAGAGAUGGACACACAGAGACCCGAACCACGGCCUCUAUCCUAGACCCGGAACCAAAAGAGGGACGAGGGGCCGAGGAUGUCGGAGACUCGCCCCUGAGCCGCUCCCCCAUGACAUGGCCAAGAGCAGCUCUGCGGGCCAGGAGAGGGCCCAGGAUGCGGAGCGGGGCAUGAUCUUCGCUGCGGAGAACAGCUGCGCCCGGCCUCCCGAGGCAGGUGGGGAGGCCCGGCUGGGCUCCCCGCGCUCGCCCCUGCCUGCCCGGAAGCGCUCCCGCUCCCUGGAGGACGAGCGGAACUGCGCCGCGGGGACCGGCCAGCGGGACGGGGCUUCCAAGAAGGCGCCACGGCCCCGGCCGUCCCUGUCCUGCGCCAGGCCCCGGGAGGGCAGGCGCCAGCCGGGGGACCCGCUGCCCCGCCUGUCUGCAGAGCCGAGAGCCACCAGCCCGGAGGUGGAGGACAUCGGGCCCGACCCUGUCCCCGACGCCUGCUACGGGCUCCUGGGGGCCUCGCCGUGCCCGGAAGCCCAGAGCCACAUCUGCAGCCUCCCCAGUGAGGUCCUGCGCCACAUCUUUGCCUUCCUGCCCGUGGAGGACCUCUACUGGAACCUCAGCCUGGUGUGCCACCUGUGGCGGGAGGUCAUCAGUGACCCGCUGUUCAUCCCGUGGAAGAAGCUAUACCACCGCUACCUGCUGAGUGAGGAGCAGGCGGUCAGCAAGGUGGACGGCAUCCUGCUGAGCUGCGGCCUGGACAAGGAGUCCGACCUGUGCGUGCUCAACCUCAUCCGGUACACGGCCACCACCAAGUGCUCCCCCAGCGUGGACCCCGGGCGCGUGCUCUGGAGCCUGCGGGACCACCUGCUCCUCCCUGAGGCCGAGGCGUGCGUGCGCCAACACCUGCCCGACCUCUACAUGGCUGCCACCGGUGUCAACGUGUGGGCUCUGGUGGCCGCCAUUGUCCUGCUGUCCAGCAGCGUGGACGACAUUCAGCAGCUGCUGUCCUGCCUCCGGAGACCCAGCUCCACGGUGACCAUGCCGGAUAUCACCGAGACCUUGUACUGCAUCGCGGUGCUCCUCUACGCCAUGCGGGAAAAGGGCGUCAACAUCAGCAACCGGAUUCACUACAACAUUUUCUAUUGCCUGUAUCUUCAGGAGAAUUCCUGUGCUCAGGUCACACCAGCGAAGGAGGAGCCAUCGGUUUGGCCCAGUAACGGCCCCAGCAGGGAGACCAUCCAGCUCACGCACGAGCAGCAGCUGAUUCUCAGCCACAGGAUGGAACCUCUGCAGGUGGUGAAGAUCAUGGCCUUUGCAGGCACCGGGAAGACGUCCACCCUGGUGAAGUACGCGGAGAAGUGGUCCGAGAGCAGGUUCCUGUACGUCACCUUCAACAAGAGCAUCGCCAAGCAGGCCGAGCGAGUCUUCCCCGCCAACGUCAUCUGCAAGACCUUCCACUCCAUGGCCUAUGGACACAUCGGGCGGAAGUACCAGUCCAAGAAGAAGCUGAAUCUCUUCAAGCUCACCCCCUUCAUGGUCAAUUCUGUCCUGGCCGAAGGGAAAGGUGGAUUCAUCAGGGCCAAGCUGGUGUGUAAGACGCUCGAGAACUUCUUUGCCUCGGCGGACGAAGAGCUGACGAUCGACCACGUGCCCAUCUGGUGCAAGAACAGCCAAGGCCAAAGGGUCAUGGUGGAGCCCAGUGAGAAGUUGAAUGGCGUCCUGGAGGCUAGCCGGCUCUGGGACAACAUGCGGAAGCUGGGGGAGUGCAAGGAGGAGGCUUACCAGAUGACCCACGACGGCUACCUCAAGCUCUGGCAGCUGAGCAAGCCCCUGCUCGCCUCGUACGAUGCCAUCUUUGUGGAUGAGGCCCAGGACUGCACCCCAGCCAUCAUGAACAUCGUCCUGUCCCAGCCGUGCGGGAAGAUCUUCGUGGGGGACCCCCACCAGCAGAUCUACACCUUUCGCGGCGCCGUCAACGCGCUCUUCACCGUCCCGCACACGCACGUCUUCUACCUCACUCAGAGCUUUCGGUUUGGCGUGGAGAUCGCGUACGUGGGGGCCACCAUCCUGGACGUCUGCAAGCGCGUGCGGAAGAAGACCUUGGUCGGCGGGAACCACCCGAGUGGCAUUCGUGGGGAUGCCCAGGGCCAGGUGGCACUGCUGUCCCGAACCAACGCCAACGUGUUUGACGAGGCGGUGCGCGUGACCGAGGGAGAGGUCCCCGCGAGGAUCCACCUGAUUGGGGGGAUUAAGUCAUUCGGACUGGACAGAAUCAUUGACAUUUGGAUCCUUCUCCAGCCGGAGGAAGAGCGGAGGAAGCAGAACCUCAUCAUCAAGGACCGAUUCAUCCGCCGGUGGCUGCACAAGGAGGGCUUUGGCGGCCUCAAGCGCUACGUGACGGCAGCUGAGGACAAGGAGCUGGAAGCAAAGAUCGCAGUGGUGGAGAAGUACAACGUCCGGAUUCCCGAGCUGGUGGCCAGGAUCGAGAAGUGCCACAUUGAGGACCGGGACUUUGCAGAGUACAUUCUGGGCACCGUGCACAAAGCCAAGGGCCUGGAGUUCGACACGGUGCACGUUCUGGACGACUUUGUGAAGGUGCCAUGUGCCAGGCACAACCUGGCACAGCUGCCGCACUUCCGAGUGGAGUCGUUUUCUGAAGACGAGUGGAAUCUCCUAUACGUGGCGGUGACGCGUGCCAAGAAGCGUCUCAUUAUGACCAAAUCCUUGGAGAACAUCUUGACCUUGGCCGGGGAGUACAUGCUGCAGGCGGAGCUGACCAGCAACGUCCUGAAGACGGGCGUGGUCCGGUGCUGCGUGGGCCCCUGCAACAACGCCAUCCCCGUGGACACCGCGCUCACCAUGCGAAAGCCGCCCAUCACCUACAGCAACCGGAAGGAGAACAAGGGCGGGCACCUGUGCCACUCGUGUGCGGAGCAGCGCAUCGGGCCGCUGGUCUUCCUCGCCGCCUCGCCUGAGCAGGUGCGCGCCAUGGAGCGGACCGAGGAGCACGUCGCGCUGCCCCGGCACGAGGCUCUGCUCUUCCUGGUCUUCUGAGCGCCCAGCUGCCGGGCGCCCGGCGCACCUACCGCGCGGGGCUGGGCCGCCCCCGCCCCGAGUCCUCCUCGCGCAGGGGGAUGUUCUUUUGAUAGAAAAUACAAACCUUUUAUGUAUUUAAACUUUUAUUACCAGAUUUCGAUUAAACGGGCAUUGUAGCA